AUGACGGGCGCGCGGCCGUGCGGCGAGAAACGCAGGGCCCGGGAGCGCGGCGGCGGCGGCGGCGGAGGAGCGGCGUCCGCGGCGGCGGCGGGCAGCAUGAGCGGGGCGCGGGGCGCGGGCCCGGCGCUGGCUGCGCUGCUGCUGGCCGCGUCGGUGCUGAGCGCCGCACUGCUGGCCCCCGGCGGCCCCCCGGACCGCGAUGCCGAGGCCGCCCCGCCGCGAGACUUAGAUAAAAAAAAGCAUGUAGAGCUGAAGAUGGAUCAGGCUUUGCUGCUCAUCCACAAUGAACUGCAUGGAACAAACCUGACUGUGUUCUGGAAUUCCGAACGCUGUUACCACUGCUUGUUUCAGGUUCUGGUCAAUGUUUCCUGGAGUGGGAAACCCGGGAAGCCUAGCAUUGCCGCGGUGGCAGUGAGCACCCAGCAUGGAUCUCUCCUGCAGCUUAAUGACACCUUGGAAGAGAAAGAAGUUUGUAGGCUGGAAUAUAAAUUUGGAGAAUUUGGAAAUUAUUCACUCGUGGUAAAGCACGCCCAUAAUGGAGUCGGUGAAAUUGCUUGUGACAUAGUUGUCAACAAGAAGCCAGUCGACAGUAACCUUCCUGUGUGUAUCGCGUUCCUUAUUGGUGUGGCACUCAUCAUUGCAGUAUCCUUUCUGAGGUUUUUGUUGAGUUUAGACGACUUUCAUAAUUGGAUUUCUAAAGCAAUAAAUUCCCGGGAAACUGAUCGCCUCAUCAAUUCUGAGCUGGGGUCUCCAAGCAGGGCAGCCUCCAUCGGUGGCGAUGCUCAACCAGAAACAUGGCGUCCGCCCGCCGCAACGCCACGCCUCCGCUGUGUAGACACAUUCAGGGGGAUAGCUCUCAUCCUCAUGGUCUUCGUCAAUUAUGGAGGAGGAAAAUAUUGGUACUUCAAACACUCAAGUUGGAAUGGACUGACGGUGGCUGACCUCGUAUUCCCAUGGUUUGUAUUUAUUAUGGGAUCUUCAGUUUUUCUAUCAAUGACUUCCAUACUGCAACGAGGAUGUUCAAAAUUCAGAUUGCUAGGGAAAAUUGCAUGGAGGAGUUUCCUGUUAAUCUGUAUAGGAGUGGUCAUUGUGAACCCCAAUUAUUGCCUUGGUCCAUUGUCUUGGGAUAAGGUACGAAUUCCUGGUGUGCUCCAGAGGCUGGGGGUGACCUACUUUGUGGUUGCUGUGUUAGAGCUCAUCUUUGCUAAACCUGUGCCUGAAAGUUGUGCCUCGGAGAGAAGCUGCUUUUCCCUUCGAGACAUCAUCUUCAGCUGGCCCCAGUGGCUCUUCAUUCUGGUGCUGGAAAGCAUUUGGCUGGCUUUGACAUUCUUCUUGCCUGUUCCUGGAUGUCCUACUGGUUAUCUCGGCCCUGGUGGCACUGGAGAUUUGGGGAAGUAUCCAAAUUGUACUGGAGGAGCUGCUGGCUACAUUGACCGCCUGCUUUUGGGAGAUGACCACAUUUACCAGCAUCCUUCUUCCGCCGUGCUUUAUCAUACCCAGGUGGCCUACGAUCCAGAGGGAAUUUUAGGGACCAUCAACUCCAUUGUGAUGGCAUUUUUAGGCGUUCAGGCAGGAAAAAUACUCUUGUAUUACAAGGAUCAGACCAAAGACAUUCUGAUCAGAUUUACUGUCUGGUGUUGUUUUCUAGGGCUUAUUUCUGUUGCUUUGACGAAAAUUUCUGAAAAUGAAGGCUUUAUUCCAAUAAACAAAAAUCUGUGGUCCAUUUCGUAUGUCACCACACUGAGCUCCUUUGCCUUCUUCCUCCUGCUUAUCCUGUACCCCAUUGUGGAUGUGAAGGGACUGUGGACGGGAACCCCGUUCUUCUACCCAGGAAUGAACUCUAUUCUGGUGUACGUUGGCCAUGAGGUGUUUGAGAACUACUUCCCCUUUCAGUGGAAGCUCCAGGAUAAUCAGUCACACAAAGAGCACCUAACUCAGAACAUAGUCGCCACUGCAGUUUGGGUGCUCAUUGCCUACAUUCUUUAUAAAAAGAAGGUUUUUUGGAAAAUCUGACAGCUCCAGCUGAAAUGUAUUGCUAGCAGACUCUAGUGGGCCUGCGGGAGUGUUGAAGCAGCCUUUAUUAAAGGGAACCAUGAAUUAUAGAAUCAGUAGGAUGUGUAUUUCCCAGUGAUUGGGGAAGCUGCUGAUGUGCUCUGGCUGGUUUACUAUGAUGCGGCUGUUUAUCAGAACUCUGUAUAUUUGAGACUUAUAUGUUUGGAAUAUAAUUGUCGUUUUUCUCCA